AUGAUUGCAGUUGCGGCAGUCCUCGUAUACUUUUUGCAUUCUCCCGAUACAUCCAUGGACCAGAAUGGAAUUGGCGAUAAGACCAAGCUCAACUAUCAGAGGUUUUUUCAUGCCUACAAGAAGUUGUUGAUUACGGCAUCGAACCAGGGCCGGGUGAAGGAACUUAUUAAGUUCUACAAUGAUGUCAUUUUCAACGACACGCGAGAGUCGAACACCGGCACAUUGGAGGAAGAUAACUUUAUUGCCGCGAUGGAGGGUGCAGCACUAGCAUUUGACUCAGAUGGAUUGGAGGAUGUGGAUAUGUGGCUUCAAGAGAUAGCCUUAGACGAUGAACACGGAGUGCAUGUGGAUGAGCAGCCCAUAGCGGGACCAUCGCGUCAUCUUGACGUGCUGAAUGUGCCGGCUUUACAGGCAGACAACUUGGAGUGCAACCCUCGAGUCAUUCCAUCUGUUGCUGCAGCUCUUAGUGACGACAUUGCCGCCGACCCAAAACCUGCCAACCAUCGCAAUACCAGUAAGCGGGGAACUCGCAGUGCUGGUGGUGGUUCAUCAAGCGGAGUUACUGCUAAUUCACGGGCAACUCGCAGUUGA